UCUUAUAAUUAUUAGUUAACUUUAUGAGGUUCUGUAAAUGUAAUGGAAACAAUUAUUUUGGUUGCGUUCUUAUACGCAACGCGAGCUCCGUAAACACAACGAAUGUGUCAUAACAAGUAAAAUAAAUUCGUGAAAUGCAUAAAAUGUAAAAAUAAAUGUUAAAUACCAUUAUAUAACUCUUCAACUUUAUAAAUAUACUUAAUGAUAAUAAUAUUGAAUAUGAUAUUGUUCCUUUCCACAAUUUGAAGCCGUUGUUCCAAAAAGAUGGCAUUGUCUAUGAAACAAGAUUUUAGUCCGCCUAUGUUGUCCAGGAAAUGGAUUGCCAUGAAAUUCAGGCCUAACAUGCUGCUGUACAGCCGAGACAACAUAGUCUGGAUCCUGGAGAGCGGGCUCCUGUUUCGUGAGGACAGUAUCGAUGUGGAGCAGGAGUCCCCGGCGCCGGAGGCGGUGUGGCUGGCGGCGGGCGGCGGCCGCACCGGCUGGCUGACCCUCGGGGAGAAGGUCGCCUCGGUGGCCGGGGUCACCGCCUGCGUGCUCGCUUUCCCGCCUAGAAGUGCCAACCGUGUAGCCCUGCUGAAGCUGGCCGCCUACCUGUCCGUGCCGGGCCUGUUCCGCUGGUACCACCGCAGUCGCUGCCGCGGCGCCCUGCCCCCGCUGCUGGCCAUCAUGAGGGAGUACCUCGCGCUGGCGAGGAGGACCGCCGCCUGUCUGAAAGAGUAUGCCGCACUCCAUGCUCAAAUCGGGUCGCUAUGCUCUGUGAUCGAGUCGACCCGCGUGUUGCUGUGCCGGCAGCAGGGCGCGCUGUCGCUGCUGCUGUCGCGCGCGAGCUCCGCGCUGCUGGGGAACGCGCCCUGGCUGCGGGCCGACGUAGCCUGGGACGCCGUGCAGGAACAGAACAGCGAUAACCUUAUGAAAAUCCACCACGCCUUUCUGGUCGUCCAAUCGACGUUACUUAAACACAUCGCCAUGGCCCACUAUGUCCCCUCGGUACAAGCGCAGAGGUGCUAUAAGAAUCACAACGAAAGAAUAUAUUGGCUUCACACAGUCGUCAUCCCUCACCUCACACAAGAAUUCCAACUCAAUUAUGAUUCUCUUGAAAGAAUGUAUCGUUUGCUCAAAAACUCUGGCACCAAAGACAGUGACAAUAAAAAAUUAGGUACAGCAUUCAAUGAUAACUGGAUUUAUUCCGAAGUGCACACAGGGAUCGCGAAAUCCUGUCUAGAAUUGAAACUAGCGCUAAAUAAAUCCAAUUGUUUAGACGUUUUUCUCGAUUCCUGUGCUAUGAAUAAGCAGGAAAUCGAUUUGGAGGUCCUAAAUCGAGAUAUAGACGAUAUUAUAGAUAGUCUCACUGACUGUUUGAAAACCGUACAGAAUUCGCAGUUGAGGUUGAAGAAAAUUCAAAAUAAGAACGUAACCCAUAAAGAGUUUGAAGACAAAGAGGUUAUGGUCGAAACCGCGGGAAUUUUGAAAAUAGAAGACCGAGAACCAGAGUGCAGAGAUGAAGUUUUUUAUUUCGUGAGAACUGAUGACGACGACGAUUGUAUACAGCCAGCGGAUGUAACAACAGCGCCUGGUAAAAAAGAAAAGGAUGCAACGAAAGUAGUUCUGUGCGAACUGAAAAGGAAGUUGGGGAAGAGAGAAGAUGUUAUGAGGGAAAGAGAGAGGCAAGCUCUGGCAAAGACGAUGCCGGAGCUGAAAGACAUACCCGAGUUCCCGAGACAGAUAGAUCUCGAAGAAUUCAUCGAGAAAAAAGGUUAUAUAUGUAAAAUAAGGAAGGAUAUACCUAAGAAAAAGAAAAUUAGUCUUACAACUAAAAAAGUAAAAACUAAAACUAAGAAAUAUACAUUUAAAAUAGCUAAAUAUUAUCACGAAAAUGACAUUAAAGGCGAGGUUUACGAAGCAAAUGCGAAAUUGAAUGUGAAAAGCAAACUUUUGACAAUCAACCCGAAUAAUUGUAUUACAAAGUGGUACAAACGCGUGCAGACAGCCAAACGGGAAACAGACUCUAGCGGGCUAUCGGAAGGGAGCGACGCCGAAGCCGCCGACGUCGCCGAAACCGCCGAAGCCAGCAAAACAAACCAAAUCAACAACGAAAUACGAUUCACAAGAAAAGACCUUGAACUAACGCCAUCUACGUCAGAAAGUGAUUUAGAAUUUCACAAAGAAAAUGAAAUGGAACUACUCAAAGAUGUCCGCCGUCAUCGCGCGGCCAGAAAAAAGAACCAUCCCAACCAUAGACCGGCGAAAGGCACAGACAAUGUAGACGAGAGAUCGAAGCCCAUAGAGUAUUCUUUCGGGACGGGCUUGGCUAUGGCGUCUGUGCUACAGAUUAACAGAAAAAAUCCUAAUUAUAUUGCUGAUGAAGAAGUUUUUAUUGGUGACGGAGAGGUUUCGACGGAUAGCGGGAAUGACGAAGAUGCAUGAAAUAUCAAAAAAACUUUAA